GUUUCAAACGACAACAGACUGAAUAUUUGUAAUACACUGACACAUCAAUACACUUUGAUUUGAACUUUGAAAUGACAGCAACAUACUUAAUGGAGUCUCAGUAUCAGCAGUUUGGAUCGUCUGGUAACAGCCCUGUCCACGGAGAGACACAAAUGACUGCACAAACAGGUAUGAAGAGGAUCCUGGUGUGGGUCCUCUAUGGAGUCCUGGUGCUGCUGCUGCUGAUCCUGCUGAUGGUCACUGGGAUCAAAUUCUCCCAGCUAAACAAGGAAAUCACUGAUGUCAAACUCAACCUCAAGAGGAUCAUCAACGGAGGAGCAGCAUUAUCGCCCAGUUCUGGUGAAGCAACUGAGCAGGAGGUCUCUUUACCGACACUUGUCCCGGUUCGAGGAGCCUGCAGGGAGGGAUGGGUUUCUUAUGAGAGGAGCUGCUACAAGAUAUCCACCAACUCACUGACCUGGAGCAAAGCGGAGGACCAGUGUCGAGCACAGGAGGGACACCUGGUGGUUCUGAAUACUGCGGAGGAACUGGACUACAUUUCAAAAGUUGUUGAAAUCAGAUACAAUUAUUGGAUUGGACUUGUGGAGCGAGAGAGCGAGGGACACUGGAGCUGGGUGGAUGGAACGGACAUCAACUCAACCCCAACUUUCUGGGAUAAAGGUCAGCCUGAUGACUGGGACUUCAGAGAGAACGGAGUGGACUGUGGGCAGAUUCACGCUUCUGUGAGACGCAAACGCAAGAUGUGGAACGACGCAGACUGCAGCCUGACAUAUCAAUAUAUCUGUGAGAGCAGAGUGUGAGAGGUUCCUCCUUUCAAAGGAGAACGUUUGAAACAUGGGGGGGGAGUUGCAAGGGGGGAGGUUGUGGUUGUAAUUUGUUUGAUCCCGUCAAUUUGUGUCUUCCCAUGUAUUUUAUUUUUUUGCAAUUGAUGACCACGAUGGAAAUUAAUGUUUUUAGUAAUGAUGUAAAGAGACAUCCUCUAUAGAAUUUAUAUCUCAAUGCCUAAUAAAAAUCAAAUCGAAAAUGA